UACUUCCCCCCAUCGUUGUUUAUGUGGAACAGUCCGUGUGUAAAGGCAUUCAAACAUGGCGACGGUUGAUGAGCGGCAGGUUUGAACUAUCUUUCUUUACUAAAGGAUUGAGUAACGUUGCAUUCCGGACAAAUUUACCAUGGGUGAGGAGACCAGUAUGGUGGCGACUUACUCGUUUCGUGGGGCGGAGUUCACCGUGACCAUGAACGUGACGGGAGGUGACCAGCUGGCCGUGGAGGUACAGGACAAACUGACCGCUGACCAGUGGGCUGGGACCUUCAGCAGUUCUUACUUAGAGGACUUGACACACAAGACAGGCAACUACAAGUCAUUCCCCAUUUUUGUCAACAUGUUGGAAUCAGCCCUCACACAGACCUGUGAUAGUGUGACACUUGACCUGCUGACCUACACUGACCUGGAAACCCUGCGAGGAAAGAAAGGUUUUGCGGGCACCAAACCGUUGCCUGCUAGUCAUGUCGGGGUACUCACCACCAAGAGAUAUCUCAUCCUUACAUACACAGUGGAGUUUGACAGAAUCCACUACCCUCUACCACUUCCUUAUGUGGGAAAACCUGAUCCUGCUGUACUUCAAGAAACCAUCCGGAGACUAAACGAACAAAUCAAUAGGCUGACUACACAGGGAAACCAAGAUCAUAAGGGCAGUGAGUUCAGGAAACUGCGUAAGGCUUACAGCACCUUGCUCAAGGAAAAAGAGCAGAUUGAGCAGGACUUUUUGCAGUUCAGACGGGAUGUGGACUCUACUGCCAAGGGCAACCCUGCAAAGGAGAUCCGGGUCCUUAAACAGGUUGUAAAGAACCUGGAGCAGGAGCUGCUGAAGGAGAGAUCCCGACACCAGCGUUCAGCCAACAAGAAAUCACAGGCCUACAAGGAGCUGCAGGAAGAGCUGGAGGAGCUCCGAGCAACAGAGAGGAACCUCAGAGUACGCGUCAAGAGCCUCACCAAUGAGCUGGCGGUUUACAAGAGAGGGCCACGGGAACGGUCCACCUCACGGGACAGAUUCCGAGACCGAUCAUUAUCUCGCGACCGCAGUGGACCAGCACCCAAUUCCCGCUCACGAGAUAGACUUCGAGACAGGCCGUUAUCCCGAGAGCGGUCAUUAUCCCGAGACCGUAGUGGACCAGGUCUCAGGUCCCGCUCCAGUUCCAGAGAGAGGACUUAUCGGUCCUACUCCGACAUCAAAACGCCAUCACCAAUCGGCAGCAAACCCAGGUUUGACCCCACUGCAUACGUGAAAAGACAGAACUUAAAGAAACAACAAUCUGCUGAAAAAAGGAAAAGGGAAACAAGGUCCAUGGUGAGAACAGGAGGCACACCUGCUGAGAGAGGGAGAACCAGGUCCAGACAACGCCCUCCUAUGAGGGAGCGGAAUCGAUCAUCCUCAGUAGGCAGUACAGGUAGUGUGGGCAGGAACAGAACCCGGAGGUCAUCAGCAGGGUCCAUUUCUGAUGUAGGGGUGCUGUCAGACAACGAUGAACCUUCAAGAAGCAGGUUGAAGGGAGUUCUGAAGAAGCGCAAACCACCGAGUAGUUCUUACCUAUGGACUACACCAGAGGGGCCUGACAGCCGGAAGAGAUUGUCCAGUACCCCAGCCACUACAUCUGCCCGCAGGAAGAGGUCAGCAGGGGUUCAGAAGGUCAGCAGUGGUGGCUACCAUGACCGGUCUGCAGAAAUGGCAGAAAUCGACGCCCGAUUGAGUGCUCUUCAGCAGUACAUGCAGAGUAGUCUGGCUACACAGGACUACUAGGAGUGCAGUGAAUAGAGAUCUAAAGUAGCCUGGCUACACAGUACCUUUUGGGGUGCAUUACAUGCAGAUCUGGAGUAGCUUGGCUGGCUGUACAUGACUAUACUGUAUAUGGAACACAAUUGCAAGACAACUGUGCUUCUAGAUGUAGAAAGUACUUGUCAGUUCUUGUGUGACUGAGUUUGGAAAAGCCUGCAUCUUAGCAAACUGUCUUACCCAUAGCACGUAUUGUUAGUACUGCUGAUGAAUAACAGAUUCUUAUUGACACCGAUAAUAACCAACAAUGAAAUGUUGUUUGUUGACAAUCUUGUAUGGUUUUGACUAUGAAACUAAAUCUUUUUGACUGCGACAAAAUAGUGAAUGGUCCACCAUAUGAAUAAGCAUGCUGGUUUCAUGUACAUUUACUCCUACUCCUAGUCAGCUUAUGGUGGAACUCCACAAACUUUUAAGUAUUCAAUAAAGAUAGUCAUGAUUGUUUUGUUCAAUAACUACCCACUCAUAUAUGAGAAGAGUGGUCUUUAAUGUAAUAGAUAACAUUAUAGAUUAUGUAGACAUGUAGCUAAAUAAUUUCAUAAUAGGUGUGAAGUCAAUUUCUUGUAAAUACCAAAUAUAACGUCUGAUGCCAAUCAUUGUGCAUUCACAAGAACAAGAAAGCAGGUCUUGCAAACCAGAAAAUGUGUUUUUCUCCAGAGAACCUGAAGAGUACCUAAAGAUUUUAUUGGCUCCCAGACAGAGGAAGGGAGACAUUUUUUCAAGGAAGUCAGUUUGGCAAACAAAAUGAAAGGAUUGUUAGAUUGCAUUGUAAUUAUAAGCCUUGUUUUAUCAAACAGUUGUUAUCUGUUAGGAAGGAUGUUGAGUGUAUAACUUGUAUAAGUACAAAAAUGUAUCUGAAAAUUUUCUGUCAUGAUCAGCACUGUAGUGAUGUAUAUGUAUAUCUGUUGCUAAUGAAAUUGAAUUUGUUUGAUUAAAUUGUGGUUUAUUAUAUUUUUCCAGUUCUACAGAGAUGAUAUCCAAUGAGAGAACCCCUGUUCGUUACAUAGCUAGAUAUCUUUAUUCUGUUUUCACUUCUCAUCU